CAUUUGGGCAGUCUUUCUCCUCCUUCUCCUCCUCCUCCUUCUCCUCCUCGUCCUUCUCCUUCUCCUCAUUCAGUGCGCACGCUGCUGAGCGCGUAAGAGCCGCUGCAGCGUUCCUCCUCUUACUAUCUGAUAAGAUCUCUGACUGGAAAUAUGUUUUUCACGGACAUAUUCUGCCAUCCUCUCUGGGCUGCCUUGUCCGCACUGCUGGCUCUCGUUGUGCGCUUGCAGCGCAGAGCCGUCUGGGACCCGCAAGCCUGCCCCACGCGCCUCCGGGGGAAGACCGCCAUAGUGACAGGGGCCAAUACAGGCAUUGGGAAGUUCAUCGCCUUGGACUUUGCACGGCGUGGGGCGCGGGUAAUCCUAGCAUGCCGAAGCGAGUCCCGUGGCACGGCCGCCCUGAAUGAAAUCAAGCAGACUACAGGAAACGCAGACGUCCACCUGCGCAUUGUGGACCUCUCAUCUAUGGACUCGGUCAGAGCGUUCGCAAAGAGGAUUCUCGAGGAGGAGAAAGCGCUGCACAUACUCGUGAACAAUGCGGCCGUAUCAGGUUUGCCCAGACAGAUGACCAAAGACGGGUUUGAGGCUUCCUUUGCCACCAACCAUUUAGGACCAUUUCUGCUCACGAAUCUGCUACUGGACCUCAUAAAGCGCUCGGCUCCGGCACGUAUUGUCACCGUCAGUUCGGUGAACCACAAGAGGGGUAAAGUGGACUUCUCUCACUUUCACGGCCAGAACCUCGUGUACCACAUGGAUCAAGUCUACAAUCACACCAAGCUGCAUAACAUCGUCUGCACCAAUGAGCUGGCAAGAAGGUUACAGGGCACAGGUGUCACGGCCAACUCCGUCCACCCCGGUGUUGUCAUGACGGAGGUGAUGCGACACUAUCCAUUCUGGCUCCGUUACCCUUUUAACCUCAUCGGUUUUUUCUUUUUUAAGUCACCAGAAGAGGGCGCUGUCAGCCCGAUCUACUGCGCAGUGUCCGAGGAGCUGGAAGGGGUGACCGGGAAGUACUUUGACAGCGACUGCUCCCUGGUGCUUCCUGCGCCUUUAGCUCGAGACGCCGCGCUCGCCGUCAAGGACUUUGACUUCUGCGAGAAGCUGACCUCGAAGCUCUAAAGCAGCAGCCUGACCGGGACUGAAAGCCAGACAAACUAAAAGUGAACUUUUUUGUUUUCCAUCAGUUUGUCCACCACUUCCUGCCAAAUGAACCGCCAUGUUUGUUUUAUUGAGACGUUAAGUGGCCCAGGUUUUCCACGAGGUCACCUUCUCGUGCCGUGACACCUUUUGGCACAUUUUUAAAACACAUCUCUCAAGAAUGACUCCAGAACCUCUAAGGCACGAUACAAUCACUUCCCUUUAUUCUUUUGAUUCAUUUAGACACAAUGAAACAUCGACAGCAUUCAGUGCUUUCCUUGACAAUUUACACGACUUUUCCUCCCUGCGGCGCCCGAGGCCUCGCUAUUUGUCUGCAGAGACACGGAUGUAAGAGAGGAAAGGUGGUCACACACA